UACUACCUCUGUACGUGUAUUUUGAUCCUAAUGUUUUUGCUAGUACAGUAGUACAGAUGGCGAACCUUUUGGUACAUUUGUAUGGAAAACGUAACCUCAUCUCAGCGUAACGUUUCUUUUUUUUUCCUUUUUUGCCUAGUUCUACAACAGUUUGAAUGUUUUGUAUAAAGGCAGAGAUUGAGCACAAGGAAGCAGCUCUAAACACGUUUUACAGCGUCUGUUGGAGCCAUCUGAGCGAACAAAGGAGCUAAGUUUGAACCGGUCCCACUGAGAGCAGUAAACGCAGCCCAUUAAGUAGUAGCAGGAAGCGGCGCGGCCAGGAGAAGCACAGCCGUCUGUGGGGACAGCACAGCCCGCAAGCCUCUCGUCGGAAGCCCGGAGUUAUGACUUUAAUAUGGCUGAUAAGGGCCCUCUCUUAACUUCAUGUAUUAUUUUCUACUUAUCCGUCGGGGCCGCGGUUUUCCAGAUUCUGGAAGAGCCAAACUGGAAAUCGGCCAAGGACCAGUACAUCCAGCAGAAGAAUACCAUUCUGAAGAAGUAUACCUGUUUAACAAAGGAAGGUCUGGACGAAAUUCUCCAGAUCGUGUCGGAGGCCGCGGGCCAAGGCGUGACCAUCACCGGGGACAGACACCGAAAUACGUGGGACUGGUCCAACUCUGUCAUAUUCGCUGCCACCAUUGUCACCACCAUAGGUUAUGGCAACGUGGCUCCUAAGACCCAAGGUGGGCGCAUCUUCUGCAUCCUGUACGGCCUGUGUGGGAUCCCGCUGUGUCUCGUAUGGAUAAGCGAACUGGGCUCGUUCUUUGGAGACCGGGCCAAACGUCUGUCCGGGGUGCUGAUCCGCAGACGCGUGUCCGUGAAAAAGGUCCAGUUCACCUGCACAGCCUUGUUCCUGUUGUGGGGCCUCCUGGUGCAUCUGCUGAUCCCUCCGUUAGUGUUCAUGUCUGUGGAAGAAUGGAGCUACCUGGAAGGCCUCUACUUCUCAUUCAUUACACUCACAACAGUCGGGUUUGGAGAUUAUGUGGCAGGCGUAAAUCCAAACAUCGAGUACCCCCGACUGUACCGGGUCUUUGCAGAGCUGUGGAUCUACAUGGGCCUGGCCUGGCUCUCGCUCUUCUUCAGCUGGAACGUCCACAUGGUGGUGGAAGCUCACAAGGUGCUAAAGAAGAGGCGGCACCGGUACCGGCACCUCCACAACGAGGAGCCUCAGCCCAUAGAGGCGAAACACAGGCCGGAGGAGAAGCCCACGGUGGUCGACAUCUUCAACUUCCUGUCCGAGACCCAGGACGACUACAGCACGGUCAUCAAGAAGAUCGGGAUCACGGCGAAGCUGCGGAGGCCGGCGGAAGACAUCAACCGCUCGCGGAGCUGCAGCGACCUGCUGGACAUCCAGACCCUGGAGCAGUCGCCCAAGCACAAACGCAGGGUCAGCUUCGGGACGCUGCCCAUCAGCACGGAGCCGGAUGUGGACGAAGGUGACGAAGAGGAGAGAAGACCUGUUUGUGAGGGAGGAAGACGGGCGUCCGUGCCCGCUGGGGGUCUGAGGAGAGCGAAGGAGAGCGCGGGCGGCGGAGCAUUCGACCCCGAGGCCGGCGGCGUCUCCUUCCCUGUGCCCCCGAAGGCCGCUGCCAAAGAAGAACACGCUCAGCGCCCCGGGAGCGGAGGGAGCAGGUUCACCAUACGCAAGGUCUCCGAGGACGACGCCUUAAAGGACAAAAAUGGUUAACGAGCACGUGGCUGAAACGCAAGCACCGGGAGGCAGAACAAACGACACGGAGGCUGCGCCGGCAGACGGUUUUCCAGAGAACGACGUCAUUUUUUAUUCCCAAUUCCUCCAGAACUCAGCGCGCGGUCAGUAGGUGCAGCUCAGGGCUCUGUGGAACACGGAGCCGAUGAGCAGCCGCCCCCUGAACGGAGCCGCCACGGUGGAGGCCAUGAUCACGCGGCCGUCGUCGGCGUACUCGCGGCUCAGUGCCGGCGCAUCGGACUGGAUGUUCUGGAUGCGGAUGACCUGCGGGGGGCAAGCGCACAGUUACCGGGGCGACCGGAGCGGGUCGGGAAGGCGUCGAUGGCGAGGCGCUGACCUCGGAGCCGGGCGGGUCCUCGGGGUCGUACUUUAACAGCUUCAUGCCGUUCGGGUGACAGCCGAGCCACACGUCCCCCGUGACGUGGUCCACCUCGAUGUUGUCACAGAGGGACCCGACGCCCACGGACUGAGACAACACCAUCCACAGCAUCAGCACAGACUCAAUUCGACGCUUGGAUGUUAACGUGUGACACACAUUUUAUGACCGUUAAAUACCGGCCUCGCUUUUAAAGUUACGGUUCAAAAUGCUUAAAGUCUAUUUGAUUUUAAUCUGUCUGUUUUGAACUGAUAGGUAGUUUUUAACUCUGGUUUAAUUUUUUUCCCAAGUCUGCUGGAAAAACAAAAAAGGAAUAAGAAAACACUGUAUUACCUUGAUGUACUUUAACUGUUGCCCCUCGUGCCUCUCAAAAACAUCAAUGUCAUGGUCCAUAAUGUCCGAAACAUAAAUAUACCUGUAAAAAAAAUAAACGUUGUUCGAUUAUUCAGUUCAA